CCAGGGUCCAAGGGUAGAACCAGCUUCUAGCCAGCCACAACUGGAGCGGCCAAACAGUCCCAGUCCAACAAAGCCAGGUCUAGCUCUUCUCAUCUGUGACCAAUGAAACUGAUCCUACUCCUAGUAUGCUUGUCCACUAUGCUGGAUGGGACCUUUGCUCAGAACUGUGCCAAGACCCCGUGUGACCAACAUGCGAAAUGUGAGAUUCGAAAUGGAAUUGAAGGCUGCUACUGUGUCGCAGGAUUUACAGGAAAUGGAAUAACAAUAUGUAAAGAUGAUAAUGAGUGUGAAAACUCUACGCAGCCUUGUGGUGAGAAUGCUAACUGCACUAAUACAGAGGGGAGUUAUUUCUGCAUGUGUGCGCCUGGCUUUACAUCCAGCAGUUCCCAAAACAAGUUUGUAACUAAUGAUGGAACCAUUUGUAUAGAAAAUGUGAAGGCAAACUGUCAUUUAGAUGAUGUCUGCAUUGCUGCAAAUAUUAACAAAACUUUAAUUGAAAUUAAGCACCAAAAGGAACUCAGGAAUCUGUUACAGGAAAUCUACCAAAAUUCUGAGCAAGUACUUUUUCCCAUCGAUGUACUUACCAACGUUGAGGCACUGUCUGCAUCUUCUCCAUCCUUGAGUUACAUGAAUAGCAAUGUCUCUGAAAAGGAAGCAUUUACUAAUACAACUAUUAAUGUUUUUGUUAACACCAUAAACAAUUUGGUUCAAAAGGAUAAAAUUACAGUUUGGGACAAGUUGUCUGCAGAUAAUAGAAGAACAAGUCUCACUAAACUGAUGCACACAGCCGAGCAGACCAUGCUAAGCAUGUCCCAGAACUUCAAAAAGACAACCCAGUUAGAGAUUAAUUCAAGUGACAUGGGUCUCAAAUUAUUUGCUUUUGAUUCUCAUCAUAUGAAACAUAUUCAUCCUCAUAUGAAUAUAGAAGGAAAUCAUAUAAAAAUCUACCCAAGAAGAAAAGAUGAAUAUGAUUCUAAUGGCACCAUCGCAGUUGUGUUUUUGUGUUAUAAGAGUAUUGGAGCUUUACUUUCAUCAUCUGAGAGUGCCUCACAGGAAACAGAGAAUUAUGAGAGCCCUGAACAAGAGGAAAUUGUGAUCUCCUCAAUUGUGUCUGUCUCAAUUAGUGCAAAACCAACGGCACUCUACCAGCUUGAGAAAAUCACAUUUACAUUAAGUCAUGUAAAGCCUAGAGAAAAGUCUAGUAUUAAGUGUGCCUUUUGGAACUACUCAAGUGACACUCUGAAUGGCAGCUGGUCUACAGAAGGCUGUGAACUGAUGCAUUCCAACUCUACUCAUACCUCAUGUAAAUGUAAUCAUCUGACACAUUUUGCUAUUCUGAUGUCUUCAGGUGUUUCUAUUGGUAUUAAAGAUUACAAUAUUCUUACAAGGAUCACUCAACUUGGAAUAAUCAUUUCAUUGGUCUGCCUCGCCAUGUGCAUUUUCACCUUCUGGUUUUUUAGUGAAAUUCAGAGCACAAGGACAACCAUUCACAAGAAUCUUUGCUGCAGCCUCUUUCUGGCAGAGCUCGUUUUCCUUGUUGGAAUUAAUACAAAUAGUAAUAAGCUCUUCUGUUCAAUCAUUGCUGGAUUGCUACAUUAUUUCUUUUUAGCUGCCUUUGCGUGGAUGUGCAUCGAAGGCAUCCACCUCUAUCUCAUCGUUGUUGGAGUCAUCUACAACAAGGGAUUCUUACAUAAGAAUUUUUACAUCUUUGGCUACCUCAGUCCAGCCGUGGUGGUUGGAUUUUCAGCAUCCCUAGGAUAUAGAUACUAUGGGACGACAAAAGUAUGUUGGCUCAGCACAGAAAAUAACUUUAUUUGGAGCUUUAUAGGACCGGCAUGUCUCAUAAUUCUUGUUAAUCUGCUGGCUUUUGGGGUGAUCAUAUACAAAGUUUUUCGACACACUGCAAUGCUAAAACCAGAAGUCAGUUGUUAUGAAAAUAUAAGGUCUUGUGCACGGGGAGCCCUGGCCCUGCUCUUCCUCCUCGGAACCACUUGGAUCUUCGGGGUCCUCCAUGUUGUGCAUGCAUCAGUGGUGACGGCAUACCUUUUCACAAUCAGCAAUGCUUUCCAAGGGAUGUUCAUCUUCAUAUUUCUUUGUGUUUUAUCUAGAAAAAUCCAAGAAGAAUACUAUAGGUUAUUCAAAAAUGUUCCUUGUUGUUCUGGAUGCUUGCGGUAAAUAAAAGGACAUUCCAACUCAACACAGGCAUAAAGA